AUGGAGCACCAGGAAGUGGAGCUACACAAUCCAAUCAGCUUUGACCAAAGUGUAAGCAGAGGCAAAACGACAGGAGUAGUUGACAUAGAAGACACGGAGCAAAAAUCCAUUGCAGAUAUAGAAGAGCUAAGCGCAUAUGACAUAGACAAGAAGGACGAGUUGGAGGAGGAGUCGUACUACAAGUUACUCUCCAUCGCAUAUGCUCUAAUAGCAAUUAUUUCAGAUGCACCAUAUUUCCUAAUCGUAUCUAUGGGUGAUUAUUUCAGACAGGCAUUUAAUGUGAAAGACAUAAUGAUAGCAGAAUUUGCCUUAAUGGAAAGUAUAGUAUUUAUUGUUGUGUGUGUAUUAUUGCACCUGAUAGGAAGUUACAGACUAAAAUGGAAUCUGUUGCAGCCACUUUUUUCUACAUUUUUUCUAACGUUAAUAUAUUUAGUGGUGUAUUUCAAAAGAGAUUAUAUAGGACACAAGAUAAUUAUUUUGAGCAUUAUUCCCUUUUCCAUAAUAUCGUGUGUUAUUAAAAUGACUACAAUGAAAAUCUGUGUUCUUUUCAGAAAGCAGUACUGUACAGCGUACGUUUGUGGAUUAUCCCUCUCUGGAUUUGUGGUCUUCAUUUUGUACGUACUUGGGGCUUAUGUCUUUUUCGCAGAUGAUCAGAAUAAAUUUUCUAAAAUGUUUUCUCUUUUCUGUGGAGUUUUCUCUUGCAUUGCGCUCACAUCCUUUUUCAUUCUUCAAAAAAUUUACAAGCUUCCAUUUGUUGAACGACUUCAAGAAAAGUAUGAAGAUAAAGGACUCCUGAUUAACAAAAUGAUUCUCGUAGAAAGUGUGAAAUCCGUUUCUGUUGUUUGGGAAUACGUCAUUAUUGGCUUUUUAGCAAAUUUUAUAACAUUUCAGAUUUACCCUACAGUUUUUCCUAUUUGUAUUAAUUCGAGCAAAGAAAUGAAAGGACUGCUAUCUGGUUUGCUUCUUUUUGGCGACUCAGCGGCACACCUGUUGGUUCACUUUUCGCAUUCCUAUUUUAUGAAGAUGAAUUUCUACGCCUUUGUCCUUAUCAAAUUAGUCAUGCUUGCAUUUUUGCCUAUAUUUGCCAUUUUAGUUCUUUACCACAGCUCCAUUUUUUACAAUUCGUAUUUUCUAAUGGCCUUGUCUUAUACCUUUGGAUUUUGUCACGGAAUUGUGUCCAACUCUGUGUUUGUGAAAAUACCUGAAGUAUGCAAAAAGCGCAAGAAGGAGCAGUACCUGCAGUUGGCCCCCAACAUCGUCUUCUUGGCCUUCGUGCUCGGUACCAUGAUUGGCGUCGUCGUGUCCAAGCUGCACGUCAUCCUCUUGACCGGGCACUAA